GUUUUUGAUUUGGUGUCCGUUCACACGCUUCAAGACUUACCCUUUUACAAGGUCCUUGUCGUUCGUCACUGUCGAACUGACCCACAAAGAUUUCCCUCAGUUAGCUCAGUGACUCAGUCUACAACACUGUUGAGCUUAAUCCAAAACCCCAUUUACUUGGGGUUCCAUGAAUUUUCUGCGUUGGUGAGCUGGAAAAGUUGUUGGGAUUCUUCAAAAACUGUAGCUUUUUGGGGGAAAAGAUUUGAAGUCAAGGAAGGAUGA